AUGAAUUUUCAGUAGAGGCUGCAAAGCCUGUGGAGCUUAGCUGGCAGACCCUCCUGUCCACCUUUGCUGGCGAUGUCCUCUCGAAUACAGAUGGCUGCGCUCAUUUGCUUGAGUCUCCUACUUCUCUGGAGCCAGGUGCCAGGGGCCCAGGGCCAAAAAUUCCAAUUUGGGCCCUGCCAAGUGAAGGGGGUUGUUCCCCAGAAACUGUGGGAAGCCUUCUGGGCUGUGAAGGACACUAUGCAGGCUCAAGAUAACAUCACGAGUGUCCGGCUGCUGCGGCAGGAAGUUCUGCAGAACGUCUCGGCUGCUGAGAGCUGUUACCUUGUCCACACCCUGCUGGAGUUCUACUUGAAAACUGUUUUCAAAAACUACCACAAUAGAACAGUUGAAGUCAGGACUCUGAAGUCAUUCUCUACUCUGGCCAACAACUUCAUUCUCAUCGUGUCACAACUGCAACCCAGCAAGGAAAAUGAGAUGUUUGCCAUCAGAGACAGUGCACACAGGCGGUUUCUGCUAUUCCGGAGAGCAUUUAAAGAGUUGGACAUGGAAGCAGCCCUGACCAAAGCCCUUGGGGAAGUAGAUGUUCUUCUGACCUGGAUGCAGAAAUUCUACAAGUUCUGA